GUUCUGCCGUCACGUUAUGGCGGCGCACGGAGCUCAACUCGCGUGCGGCGAAGGAAGCCGAGCGGCGGGGCCUGAGCCGAACUUGGAGCAUCCGCAGGAGCCAGGCGAGGGAGAGGAGGCGCCGGCUCCGGGGGUGGCGGCAGGGGGCUCUGAGUGCUUAUUUCUUAGUACAGAAGAAUCACAAAUCUGUGAGAUUGGAAGUAGCAACCAGGAACAGCUAAUGAAUAGCAAGUGUACAGAACUGAAUAGAAUGCUGCAGCAUUCAGAAACAAAUUAUGAUGGCACAGAAAAUGCAGGUGCAUUGGAGGAGGUGGAGGAUUACAUAGACAGAAAUAGAAAGCUGUUGGGACCUGUGUUCUGUGCUGAAGAACUGCGAGAGGAGACUCCUGGGAGAGAAGAAACCCGUAUUGACCCACCUGAUGGCCAGCAAGACCCAGAGGCUGAGAAGAACAAAGAGAAAACCUUAGGAAAAGAAGUAUUAUUACUAAUGCAGGCCUUAAAUACUCUUGCUACUCCAGAAGAAAAAUUGGCGGCACUCUGCAAGAAAUACGCUGAUCUGUUGGAGGAAAGCCGAAAUGUUCAACGGCAGAUGAAGGUGCUGCAGAAGAAGCAGGCUCAAGUUGUGAAGGAGAAGGUUCACUUGCAGAGUGAGCAUAGCAAAGCUAUCCUAGCACGGAGCAAACUGGAAUCUCUCUGCCGUGAGCUUCAACGCCAUAAUAAAACUAUAAAGGAAGAGAACAUGCAGCAAGCUCGUGAAGAGGAGGAGAGACGUAAAGAAGCAACUGCACACUUCCAGAUCACACUAAAUGAAAUUCAGGCUCAGCUGGAACAGCAUGGCAUACACAAUGCAAAGCUACGGCAAGAAAAUAUUGAACUGGGGGAGAAAUUGAAGAAACUUGUGGAACAGUAUGCACUGAGAGAAGAACAUAUGGACAAAGUCUUCAAACAUAAGGAACUACAACAGCAACUGGUGGAUGCUAAACUUCAGCAAACGACACAGCUCAUAAAAGAAGCUGAAGAAAAACAUCAGAGAGAAAGGGAGUUCUUCUUAAAGGAAGCUACUGAGUCCAGACACAAAUGUGAACAGAUGAAACAACAAGAGGCCCAACUAAAACAGCAGCUUUCUCUUUACAUUGACAAAUUUGAGGAGUUCCAGACAACAAUGGCAAAGAGUAAUGAACUUUUCACAACUUUCAGACAAGAAAUGGAAAAGAUGACCAAGAAGAUUAAAAAACUGGAAAAAGAAACAAUAGUUUGGCGUACAAAAUGGGAAAACAACAACAAAGCUCUUCUGCAGAUGGCCGAAGAGAAAACAGUGAAAGAUAAAGAAUAUAAAGGCUUUCAAAUAAAACUGGAGCGUUUGGAAAAGCUGUGCAGAGCUCUUCAAACAGAGAGAAAUGAGCUGAAUGAGAAGGUGGAAGUCCUUAAAGAACAGGUUUCUGUAAGGGAAGCGGAUGUUGAUCUAGCUGCACAUGUGUUGCAGUCAUGCACACUCAAUUCCCAUGAGAGGCUGGGGAUUUCGACCAAUGGAGCGCAAGAAGGAAUCCAACCAGAUCCUGAAUUGAGGGUGGCAGCCGAAGGAAAGAGCUCUGAAAAAACUGUCUGCCUAGAUUCCAUUCCUACCACAGAUUUUGUUGACUAAAGUGUAAACACUGUAUUGAGAGAUAUAUUUUGUGUAUAACUUUAACUGGUGGUGGUAACUAUUAGUUUUGUGGUGAAAAUUUUCUUACUUUUUCUACCAUAUCUGUAUUUUCUUAGAACAACAGAACUUGCCUGAUACAGGAAGCUGCGUAGCGGCUAUUGAAUAGCUUAUCUAUAAAAUUUCCAGAACUGUGUUGCACAUCUGCCUCAUUUUUUAAAAACAACCCUAUCAUAAAGGAUGCAUGCAAAUUUCUACCUUCUGACCCCAGAACACACACCACCAUGUUAACCAGACUCAUACACAGAUUUGACAUCAUGUCAGAGGAAUAACUGGUUUGGAAAAAGCAACAACUUCUGUUAUGUGAAUUAAGGUUUGGUAUCCAG